AUGGUGCCCUGUGCAUGUGAGAACUGGUCUACUGUAACAUCAACGUCGACGACAGUUCCGCCGAUUGAUUCGUCUACGACAGCCGCCCCCACGACAACGAGCGUACCGGCCCCUACCACCGUUGCGGUCGCUACGACUGGAGAGGUUGCCACUGAUACUACGACGACUGAGGAGGCCGUCAGUGCUACUACUACGACUGAGGAGGCCGUCAGUGGCACUACGACUGAGGAGGCCGUCAGUGGCACUACGACUGAGGAGGCCGUCAGUGGUACUACAACGACUGAGGAGGCCCCCAGUGGCACUACGACUGAGGCGGCCGUCAGUGCUACUACUACGACUGAGGAGGCCGUCAGUGCUACUACUACGACUGAGGAGGCCGUCAGUGCUACUACUACGACUGAGGAGGCCGUCAGUGACACUACGACUGAGGAGGCCGUCAGUGGUACUACAACGACUGAGGAGGCCCCCAGUGGCACUACGACUGAGGAGGCCGUCAGUGGUACUACAACGACUGAGGAGGCCCCCAGUGGCACUACGACUGAGGAGGCCGUCAGUGGUACUACAACGACUGAGGAGGCCGUCGUUGAUACUCCGACGACCGAGGAGGCCGUCAGUGACACUACGACGACUGAGGAGGCCGCCAGUGUCACUACGACGACUGAGGAGCCUGUCAGUGGCACUACGACUGUCGAGUUUGUCGAGACUACUGAGGCGGUCGUUGGCACAACUGAAGCGGCCAAUUCAGCCGAGACAACUACCACACUACCUGCCGCUGAGGGCGAUAGUGUAGAUGAUGAAGGUGACAUGCCUUACUGUGAUAACUACUGUAUCGGCUUGAAUAGUGGCAAGUCGUAUUGCAAGUCGUGGCUGUCUGUGCCCGUCUGCCAUGGUGGUGACCAAUCAUGCGAUACUUCUGUUUGUAUCCCGGACGAUACCCACUCCGUGGAAAGCUCCACUUGUGAUACGUACUGCGUCAAGCAAAACCCCGACCUUGCCGAGGAUGAGGUGUCCUACUGCAAGUGGUGGUUGGGUACUCCUACUUGCUUUAGUGGAGACCAGCCUUGCCCCCCAAGUGUAUGUGGUGCCGGCACUCCUGAUUAUUAA